AGCGCCGUCCCUCGCAGGUUGAGCUGGAGCCGGAGCGUUUCCGCCUCGCGGCCGCCGCACGGCCGGAGCCAGCCCAGCCGAGCCGAGUCAAGCUGCGCCGCGCGUCGGGGCGUUCCGCCGCUCGCCUCCCCUCAGGCUGGUCAUAAGGCGGCGGCGCCGGCGGCCGAAGGAUGUGGCGGAGGCGGCAGUGGCAGGCGCCGCGGCCGAGGGAGCCCUGAGCCCGAGCAGCCCUUCCCGGCCCCGCGACUCCCCCGGCUCGGCAGCGACCCCCGGCCCGGCCCCCUCUGCCCUCCGCCCCUCCUCGACGUCGCUCCCCGCGGCCCCGCCCGCCCCCGCCGGGUCCCCGCGCCCUGGAGCCCCGUGCGGGCGCUGAGCGCAGCCCGUGAGCCGAGCGCAGCCAGGAUGGCCUCGUCGUCCGGCAACGACGACGACCUCACCAUCCCCAGGGCUGCCAUCAACAAGAUGAUCAAAGAGACGCUGCCCAACGUCCGUGUGGCGAACGACGCCCGGGAGCUGGUGGUCAACUGCUGCACUGAAUUCAUCCACCUCAUCUCCUCCGAGGCCAACGAGAUCUGCAACAAAUCGGAGAAGAAAACUAUCUCCCCGGAGCAUGUCAUACAAGCACUAGAAAGUUUGGGGUUUGGCUCCUAUAUCAGUGAAGUAAAAGAAGUCUUACAAGAAUGCAAAACAGUAGCACUAAAGAGAAGAAAGGCCAGUUCACGCUUGGAGAACCUUGGCAUUCCGGAAGAAGAGCUACUAAGGCAGCAACAGGAAUUAUUUGCACAAGCUAGACAGCAGCAAGCAGAACUGGCACAGCAGGAAUGGCUACAGAUGCAACAAGCAGCUCAACAGGCACAGCUUGCUGCUGCCUCAGCCAGUGCAUCCAAUCAGGCAGGAUCUUCUCAGGAUGAAGAUGAUGAAGAUGAUAUCUGAAAAUCACCAGCUGAGUUGUCUUACUAAGAAAUACUUUUCCUGCACAAUGAAAACAGUGAAAUGAAUGCUUACCUGUAAGUUUGUAUGCAUUGUGGACUGGCAGUUGGUAUUCUAGGGGUGUCUGCUGUUGUGUGCUGUACAUGUAUAAACUGUCUUUUUUUGAACUCUUGAAGAUUUAAGGUUCAGUAUCAUAUCAACUUUGGAUUUUUAAUGGUGUAUAUGGAAAUUUUAGAUAGUCCGUCAUUUAUUUGAUCAAUAAACAGUGUUACAAUAAACAACAUGUUUAUAAAAUAUAGUGAGAUUUAUACAAAAAGCUCUAAAUCCACAUUUGCAUUUCCUCCCUUUUAACUAAACUAUAAAAUCUUACUUAGAAUUUUUAAUUGUUUUUUGGGGGAGUGGUACAGUAGACAUAAUCUGUUAAUGGGAAAAAAGUAGAGUUCAGCAUAGAAGAGUCUGAAUUCUUAGUUCUUUUUAAAAUGAGGAUGUAUAUGGCAAUAAAUAUUAUAUAUGCUCAAAUACAACAUUUGUUAAAAUUUGAAAAUGAUACAUUUUCACCAAGCUAGGAAAAGGUAUGUUUAAUAGGAGUUGUACAAAUUCAGUCUUUUUUCUUUUGUAUAGGGGGUGAAAAAAAAAAUAAACCCGUGGUUUUAUUAUGACAUCCUUUUGACAGUCCUAACUGAAUAUUUCACUUUAAAGACUGCCUGGUUUGAAGAACUAACUCUUCUAUUACUUCACUCCAGUUUAGUGUUAACUGUUGUUGAUGGUAUUUCAUAGUCCAGAUUUAUUGGUAUUGUUGAAAUAUAAAGCUGGAACUUAAAGAAACAGAAUUGUUUGUUCUGCUGAUGUGACUGGGAGUGAUUGAAUAUUCAAGCCCAAGAAGGCAAAAGCUGACCCUAACAGCAUGUUUAUCCUAAAAGAGGGAAUUUAUUUAAAUUUGAUUAGUCAUGGUCAGCAUAAUGCUAACAUUCUCCAGACUAGAUUGCCACUGGAUUACUUAGAUACCUUGUUGAAAGACAACCUUUUCUUCACUCGAAAUGAAUUGUAGGUAAGUCCAGGUUUCUGAUAAACUGUUCCCCAAGAGUGGUCAGCAGGUACAUGAAACAGAAGUGAUGUACUUGUCCUUUUGAUGGUUUUGUUGAUUUAAUGGAUGAGCAGCUGUCCUUUGUGUUGAAAUAAAGCACAGUAGUGUCCAUUGCUGAGUUUUAAUGUGUUACUUGAAGUAAUACUGGCAUAUCUUCUGGUACACUAAUCUGAGCAGAGUAGAAAAGCCACUUGCAUGCUGCUGUAGAUGACCCCAUGGCUCUCUAACAAUGUGGAUGAUUUUAUUAACUUACAUCCUCAGCAAGUUGCUCUCGUUAAAAUUCUUAGGAGGGCUGCAUCUGUUUACAUAAGGAUGCAAACAGCAAAUGGUGGGCCCAUUUUUACAUAAAGAUCUGAACAAGAUCCAAUUGGAAAGUAUUCAGAUCUAAGUCACAUAGUGACUUUUGAUUUAAAUUUGAGAUGCGUUGAGUUGUGGAUUGAAUAAAUGYGAACAUGUCUUUAAAUGCAAUAAUGCAGUGAAAACUCAGAAGAGUAUUUGUUUGAAUGUUUAAGUUAAAAAAAAAAAAAACAACAAAAAACUUUCCUGGAUGCUACAUAAAAUAUGUUAGGCAAGGUUUGACUGAGGAAGUGAUUUUCUGUAAAGGUUUAAGUACCAAAGGUAGAAAAUCUAGUCUAGUGAUACAAUGUUAAUGUGCAGUGUUGGCUUUUCUAAUUUGUACUGUAACACCUUCACACUUUCUAUUUUAAAUGAGUCUUUUCCUUCUAAAUGAUACUAGGUAUAUUUUCACACCCUUCUUUUCUGAUGCAGAAAUCAGGUUAACAUUUUACUGCAUCUGGUAUGUAUGGUGUAAUGUUUGAAUUUUUGUGACCUUUCUUUUUGGACAUUCUUGUGCUUUUUCAUAUGCUGUAUUCUUCAAGCAAUAAAAUUCUGAUGUGUUUUUAUAAAAUUGCUUUUAUAUUUAA